CGUUGAUUAGAGAAUUGAUCUGCAUCGUCAUGAAAAUUAAAAAGCCGUCUUUUGUGCAACAGUACGAACACAUUUCAAACGCAACCUUAUUUAUUUAAGAGUGGUUUACAUCUCCUGAAGACGACGCCAUUGACGGUGCGAAGGGAAGAGGAAGAGGAGGAGCUGCCGUUUACCUGAUGUGUUAACCGCCGCUGCACCGCGCCGCCCGCCUCCUCUCCUCCCGGGUGUCUCCGCUCUGGUGCCGCGAUGGUCGACCCUCUUCUGUCGCUGCUCGUCGUCGUGCUGUCAGCCUGGUCGGCUGUUGGAGAACCGGCGGGGUCCGCUCAUGUCGACGGAGCUCCACCGUCUAAAAUAGCGGUGGUCGGGGCGGGGAUAGGAGGAAGCGCCACAGCCCAUUUCUUGCGGCAGCACUUUGGCCCUGAAGUCCAGGUGGAUGUGUUUGAGAAGGGGGAGGUCGGAGGCCGUCUCGCCACUGUAACCGUCAAUCACAACAACUACGAAUCUGGAGGCUCCAUCAUUCACUCCCUUAACCUCCACAUGCAGGAGUUUGUCAAGCAGUUAGGAUUGAAGUAUCGUCGCAGCGUGGCAGGCAAGACGGCGGUGUUUAAUGGCGAGGAGGUGAUUCUGGAAGAGACAGACUGGUACCUGCUGGACCUUUUCCGGCUAUGGUGGCGCUACGGCAUCAGCUUCAUACGCCUGCAGAUGUGGGUGGAGGAAAUUAUGGAGAAAUUCAUGAGGAUCUACAAGUACCAGGCCCACGGUUACGCCUUCAGUUCGGUGGAGGAACUUCUGGACUCUCUCGGGGGGAGUGGCUUCAUCAACAUGACCCGGAGGCCACUCUCUGAUUCGCUGCUGGAGCUGGGUGUGUCGCAGCGUUUCAUCGACGAGGUCAUCGAGCCCGUCAUGAGGGUCAACUACGGACAGAACGUCAGCAUCCCCGCCUUUGUAGGCGCCGUGUCUUUAGCUGGAGCCCAGAACAACCUGUGGGCGGUGGAAGGAGGCAACAAGCUGGUGUGUUCUGGCUUGCUAAAGAUGGCCAACGCUAACCUGUUGCAAGCACAAGUCAACUCCAUCUCACCCGUCUACUCAGGGGAGGUGCCCCAGUACCAGCUGAGCUUCACCACAGCAUCAGAGACGGGAUCAGAGCUGUAUGACAUUGUAGUGUUGGCCACGCCGCUCCAGGCCAGUGUCAGGUCUGGAGUCCAGUUCCAAGGUUUCACCCCUCCCUUUGAAGAGCUCCCUGGCAACUAUCACGGCACUGUAGCAACCAUCGUCCAUGGUUACCUCAACACCUCUUUCUUUGGUUUCCCGGACCCUCGCCUGUUUCCCUUCGCCAGCAUCUUGACAACUGAGACGCCCGAUCUGUUUUUCAACAGCGUGGCAAGUGUUUGUCCCGUCAACAUCUCGACUGGCUUCCGGCGUAAGCAGCCACAAGAAGCAGGAGUCUAUAAAGUUUUCUCACCUCAGCCUCUGGACAAGACUCAGCUCAAAACACUCUUCAGGUCGUACUACUCCGUGCAGGUGACAGAGUGGCAGGCCUACCCUUGUUACGGCAGCAGCCAGGGCCUGCCGCCUGUGGAGCUACACCCCAAUCUCUACUACCUCAAUGGCAUCGAGUUGGCCGGCAGUGCCAUGGAAAUGAGCUCGGUGGCGGCCAAGAACAUCGCCCUGUUGGCUUAUCACCGCUGGAACAGGCAGACGGACAUGGUGGACCAGAAGGAUCUGAUGCACAGGAUCAAGACCGAGCUAUGACCUGGUCAGCUGGACGCCUUAUAGCAUCACUAAGCUGAUGUGCCGGUAAAUGUCUGAUGGGGGCACUAGAUUUUACAGUUUGAAUUGUGAGAAGUCUCCAGUGAAAAAGUGUAUUUAGAGACACAUUCAAGUAAUAUAUUGCUACAUGCAAACAAUACAGUAAACCAGUGAUAAAUACAGCAGUAUGCAGAAGUCUUAGGUCACCUUAGACUUUGUGAUUUUAGCAAGGUUAUAAUGAUCAUACAUAUUUAUUUCUCAUCUUCUUUAGUUUGACCUCUCUUUCCACUUAGCAUGUCUUGAACUCUCUUGGGCAGACAGUAUGAAAUGUACAAUGCUAAUCUUCGGGUGUAUGCACAGCAGGUUGCAAUCAAGACAUGUUCAAAGCUCAGAACCGUGUUUUUGAGUGUUUGAGCCACCUUUCGUUAUGGUUGUACGAUCCCAUGUUUCACGCUAAAUAUUAAAUUUCCUAUAGUAAAAAAUCUAUGGUGGCCUAAGACUUUUGCUGUAUUUUACUGUAUUUUAAAAACAAUCUGACUCUGUCUCUUAAAUAAAAAUACAACAACAAAAAACAAGUAUCAAAGUCAAAUCAAGUCUAAAACGAAUCAAAGCUAAAUCACAACUGGUCUUGCGCUACUGUCCAAAGGCUAGUUUGAUUCCUUCACUCUCCGUGCCAGUGACAUUGCAGAUAUAUUAGACAUUUUUCAGUAUUGGCUAGGGAUUGAUUGCUAAUGCCAAUUAGUGGUUUCAUCCAAAAAUUCAGCUGCAGGCAGCUUUUCUUUGCCAAGAAACCGAGCAACAGUGGAAAACGCCAGCUAAUAUUUAUUUCAGUAGGAAGUGAACGGACUGUUAGGAAACACUGUUUUAUUGAGUUGCUGGUGGUGUGAAUGGGCACCAGUUAAUUCGAGUACCAGCUAAAGGUCACUGGUGCUGCUCUGUGUAAAUAAAUGAUCCUGUGUCCAAGGCAAGAAAACACUCAUUGAAUCAAGAUUUAGAGCAUGAAUGAGAGUCUUUUUUUUAAACGGCUGCUUUUUGUCUGCGCUGUAACAGCUGUGAGAUAUGAGACGGAUCGCUAAUUUAACAGCCUUUAGGCACAUUAACCAGCCCUCCAUCACAUAAUCAGAAACAACUGCAGCACUGCUUUUACUGUCUAUACUUUUAAGGGCUAAUGGACUUGCUAUUGCCUGAACUGCACCAAGGAGAUCUAAUUAAAGUAAUCUCAGUAGGAUUUUUGUAAAUUAAUAAAAUCAUUAUUCGGUGACUCAUGGUAGUGGCCACUGGUGCUUUGCUCUAUUGCCCCUUUCAUCAGACUAUUUCAUUAUCUCCCCUUCCUGCUGCUUUUGUUGCAUAAUCCAGCGGAAAGAAUUUUUUUUCGGGGAACAGAGCCAACAAGCUUUCACACUGGACCAAAUGAAAACAGAGGACCGAUCUGUGGAGCUGCUGCUGCUGCUAGUGAUGAUGAUGACACUUCCUCCCAUUUUCUCUGAAGCCCUAAAGCUUUAUUGAGACUCUGCAUUUUUAAUAAGCGCUGUAAUCUCUGUAUAAACACACAUGAAGAUAGAGCUGGACAUUCGCUUCCAGAAAUGGCAAGUGUUUAGAAAGAUGGUGUGAUAAGAAAACACUGACUGCGGAUUAGCCUCGUAACACUGAGAAAUUCCUUGUUUUAUUCAUUUCUAAUUUAUUACUUUAUUACAGUGGAGUUGGACUAAAGUGGAUUUCUGCAUUCAGAAAAACUUAAUUUAACUGUCAUCAACUGAAAACCUUGUGACUCCAUGUUUUAGUUGAUAAAUAAUGUGAUUGUGGUUUUUUUUUUGUUGUUUUUUUUAAGGUUUUCACUCUGCAGCAGCUUCUGUACAUAAAACAGAUAUUUGUAGCAAUAGUACUUUCAUGAUGCGCUGUAAAACC